AUGUCCGUCUCCACGAAGCAAGAGGCCGAGAUCAAGCGCAACCCGCACCCGGACUUCAAGGAGGUCGAGGCUGCGCGACCGGACUGGGACCGGACGUCGCGCUUCCGGUAUACCAAGACCGCCGCGCCAUCUUGGUCCUUCGGCGACGGCGCCAACUCCCUGCGGGACGACGUCGACGGCGCCGCUCGGGACCACAUCUGCAUUGACCCGUACGCGCCGGGGCGCAGCGCGCCGCUCAACUACAAGCUCCUGAUCAGCGGGAUCGUGCCGCGGCCUAUCGGCUUCGUGUCGACCCUGUACUACCCCCCCGCCCCCGCCGACGACCAGCCGGCGCCGGCGCCGCAAGAGAACUUGGCACCGUUCUCGUACUUCGCCAUGGUGCACCACGACCCGCCGCUCUUCGUGCUGGGCCUCGUGUGCUCGCCGGCGCGGCCCAAGGACACGCUGCGCAACCUGCUCGCGACGCGGGAGUGCGUCGUCAGCGUCGUCGGCGAGGACCACGUCGAGGCGGCGAACGCCGCGGCGGUCGACCUGCCGACGGGCGUGUCGGAGUGGGCCGUGUGCGGGCUGACGCCAGCCCGUGACUGCGCCGACGUGCGCGCGCCGCGCGUGCGCGAGGCCGUCUUCAGCAUCGAGUGCCGCGUCGACAGCGUCCGCGAGUUCGAGAGCCGUGCACGCCCCGGCACGACGUCCGGCUGCAUGGUCAUGCUCGAGGGCACGCGCUUCUGGGUCCGCGAGGACGCGCUCGACGCCGAGCACGGGGUCCUGCGUCCCGAGGUGCUGAGGCCCGUCGCGCGCGUUGGCGGCAUCUCCUACGCGCGCAUCGCCGAGGCCUUCGAGAUUCCACGCCCGCGGUUCAAGGAGGAUGUCGGCGGCAUGGAGGGGUACGAGAAGUUGCGGGUCAAGUACGAGGAGAAGCUGCGGCAACAAAAAGAGAAGGAGGGGGAGGGAAAGGGGGAGAGCGGUGAUGGGGUUGUGGAUUCGUAA